CCUCGCCAUCUCCCUCCCACUCUCCCUCUCUCCCUCUCUCCAGCAGAGACAGGGGAAGUACGGUCUGUGAAGUCGCCGGCGACUGGACGGCGGCCGGCGGAGAUCGAUGGAUCGGUCGAAGGAGUGGUGGCAGAAGGCGGUGGUUGUGCCGGUGAGGCGCGCGUGGGUCGUCGUCGCCGCGCGCCUGCGUCGCAAGAAACAGCAUGAUGGCCGGGGCGGCGCGCUGGUGAAGCUCCACGACGACGUGCAGACGUGCGCGUACGAGGACGUGCAGGUCAUGUGGGAGAUGCUGCAGCGCUCCGAGACGGGGAAGAUGAUGGCCGGGGCGCCGCCGCCCAAGGGCUCCGCGCUGGUCUGGCUCAGCCCUCGCCGCCGCCGCCACUCCAUCGACCUCCGGCCGCGGUGCUGAGCGCCGGCCACCGCAGCCUGUCAUCGUCAGAUAAUGGAGAGAGAGUCAGAGUUAGAGUCGCCCCGCUGUAUGCAUAUAGCUCCUUUGUCUCCUGCUUGAUGUAAAUAGUUUGCAGUUAAUUUCGGUCAAGAGAUACCAGUCUCUUUAUAUGCCUUC